AUGAGAACAGAACCAACAACACCACCACCAUCGCCGCAGUUGACAGCAUUAACAACGUUAGCAACAGCAGCAUCACAGACAGCAUUGGCAGUCCUCCCGUUGGCAGCAUCACUGACAACAACAACAGCAGCAUCACCACCAACACCAACCUUACCAAUAACCAAUAGAAGCAGCAACAGAUCCAGUGCCAACGUCAGCCGUAACAGCAGUAGCAGCAGUAGCAGCAGCAGCAGCAGCAGUGGCCCUAGCAGAAGCACCGGCGUAACCACGACUAAUGUCACCCCUAGCAACAGUGGCAGCUCCUCCACCAUUGGUGAAGACCGCAAUAAUAACAACAAUAACAGCAAUAUUAACAACAACAGCGCCUUAACCGUAACCGGCAGUGGCGGUAGCAUUGCUGACGCCACCACUACCUCUAAGAACGUCAACGCCAGCAGAGCCAGCCAGCUGAAACAUUCC